AAUUCCUGUUGGUUUCCCAUAUCGCACGUGUUUGAAGAAACACCACAACCUCAAAAAUUUGCAUUUUCAUGACUCUCAGAAAGUCGAAGUGACAUUUUACCAUAGAUAAACGUAAGGAACAAAUUUAAGUAAUAAAGAUGAGAGAAAUUCCGUUGUCCCGAUGUGAACGGGAAUUUGUCAAUCGAUCAAUUUGCGAAAACACGCGCUUGGAUGGUAGAGAAUUGUUAGAAGCACGUCCUGUCAAAUUGUAUUUUGGGUCGAACUGGGGCUGUUGUCUUGCAACUUUAGGACAAACGAGAGUUGUUGCAAAUAUAUCCUGUGACAUCCAACCACCACAAUCUGCUCGUCCGAACGAAGGCAAGCUACAAAUUUUUGUGGAACUCAAUCCAAUGGCUGCUCCACAUUUUGAGGCUGGACGUCAAUCCGAAAUGGGAGUUUUUAUCACUAGACAAUUGGAAAAAUGUUUCAAGGACUCAAAGUGCAUUGAUCUUGAAUCUCUGUGUAUUGUGGCAGACCAAAAAGUUUGGAACAUCAGGGUCGAUGUAAACGUGAUCAACCAUGAUGGGAAUUUAGUAGAUUGUGCAUGUAUAGCGACACUGGCUGCCCUGUCGCAUUUCCACAGACCAGACGUAACAACAAAUGGGGAAGAAGUUAUAGUUCACUCUUUUGCGGAAAGGGAUCCUUUGCCAUUGACACUGUUCCAUUAUCCGAUAUGUAUUUCCUUCGCUACUUUUGAAAAUGGAAGAAGCGUAAUUGAUCCAACGUACAUGGAAGAAAGAUUGAGCGUGGCUCAAUUGACUUUGGGACUUAAUUCGUAUAGAGAAGUUUGCAGUUUGCAUUUUGAUUAUACAGCGAGAACUGGCAUCGUUACAGACGUCAUAUCUGCCGUGUCUAACAAAGCUGCUAACCAUUGCGCCAAAAUAGUGAAACUUAUACGAGAAGUGGUCAAACAAGAUAUUCAAACGAGAUACGAUAAGGAAAGUGCGACAUCCGAAAGUACGUGUCGAUUGGAAAAUUCGAUAGCAAACGAUAAAAUAAUGUCGAUGAUGACGGAACGAAUAAGUAUUAAACUAGCGGGAUGGAACGGUGGAAAAACAUUGAAAAAACGUUCAUCAACCAACGACGAUGAUUCCGAAGACGUGAAAAUGAACAUGGACACGACAGAAGAUUCGAGUUUUGUUGUACACCUAGGAAAAGGAUCAGCAGAAUUAGUUACGAAUAAUAUCGGCGAAGGAGGCAAAAGUACGUGGACGGCUAUGGAAUCGUCAGAUGAAGACGACGAAUCCGACGACAUUGAGAUGAUUGGCGAAGCCAAAGUGGAAAAACAAGUUCUCGACGAAAUAGAUUUGAGUGGGGAUAGUGAGGAGGAAACGACAGAGACAUUACAGAAAAAGGAUUUGUUGUAAAAGAACAGAAAAAAAAAGCAACGUAGAGUAAAAGUGGUCGAUGUUUACUUCGAUAUCAUUUUUUUCUUACUCAAUGGACAAAUAAUAAUAUUCUCUCAGAUUUA